AUGCCUCUUGAGGAAAGUGAUGUUGAGUCUGAUGCUUGGCCUUCUGAUGAUAGUGAAGAUGAUGAUUAUGAAGUUUCUGAUGUUGAGGCUGAUUUUGAUAUGGAGUUGGACAUUGAUGAUGAGUACAUUGUGAGAGAAGAAGAUGUUCCUGAUAAUAUACCUGAGAAGACCUUUGAGGAUUACUUAGAUGGGUCCCAUGUGUUAGACAAAAUGUACAAAAAUGGUAAAAUCUGGUCUCACUUACCAUUUGGGUCCAUUGAACUUGAAGAGUGGUACAUAGCAAGGCGUCUGAUCAGAAAUUGCAAUUGGAGGAUUCAUGCAUUAGUUCUGAAAGACAAAGUCAGUUGGGCCAUAAAAAAGCUAGAAGGAGAGCAUGCAACUUGUGGGAGGCUGGAAGAGAAUCCUAUGGUCUCUUCAGCAUGGCUAUGCAGACAUUUGUUACAAGACUUAGAGGCAAACCUAGAUGUCCCAGUUGAUUCAUUGCAGAGACUGUGCAUGGAAAGGUACAGGAUCCAUGUCAAGUUGAGGUUGUUAUACAAAGUGAAGAGUUUAGGCAGGGAGCAAUUACAUGGUGGGUUUGCUGAGCCCUAUGCAGCUCUGCCAAAGUAUGCUGAAAUGAUAAAGUCCACAAAUCCUGGGUCAUAUGCUCUUGUUACAUGGACUGAUAGUGGGGAUCAGAGUUUCAAAUUCAAGUCCUGUUUCAUAUCUUUUUCAGCUCAAGUGAAAGGAUUUUUAGGUGGAUGCAGACCUAUCAUAGGAAUAGAUCGUGCACAUCUAAGUGGGUAUUAUAAAGGGAUGAUGCUCACUGCAGUUUCAAUUGAUGGGAAUAAUGAGAUUUUUGUGUUAGCCUAUGGGAUUGUUGACACAGAGAGCAUAGAUUCCUGGACUUAUUUCUUCAGAAACUUGAGGUGCCUGUUUGCUCAAUAUGGAUCUCAGAAGGAUGACUGGACUUUUAUAAGUGACAGGAUGAGGCUUUGUUUGAGGUGUUCCCAAGAGCAACCAAGAGAAUAUGUGUACUCAAAUUGCAAGACUGCAGGAUGGAGUGGGACAACAUUUCAUAAGCUAUUUUGGAUUGCUGCAAAUGCAUACAAUGAAUAUGUGUUUGGAAAAGCAAUGUCUAAGAUAAAAGAGUAUGAUGCAGCAACAUUUGAUUAUCUGACAAAUGUGGAAGAGCAAUGGAGUGUGCACAUGUUUGACAGGACAGUUUGUUGUGAUCAUAACAUAACAAACUUUGUAGAGUCAUUCAAUGCAAUAACAAAGUCCAACAAAGACAUGCCUGUGUUGACAUUACUGGAAGUGUUGCUUUCUGUUACUUUCUUUUUUGGGAAUAAUUCAGCUGUUAGGAAUUGGUGCAUGAAAAGGAUGGGUUCCAAGUUCGAUAAAGCAGUUGAUAUGGAACCUAAUGAGCUGACAGAGCAUGCAAAAGGGGUGUUAGAGACAAGGAUUGAUGAGUCUUUCUUUUUUGGGAAUAAUUCAGCUGUUAGGAAUUGGUGCAUGAAAAGGAUGGGUUCCAAGUUCGAUAAAGCAGUUGAUAUGGAACCUAAUGAGCUGACAGAGCAUGCAAAAGGGGUGUUAGAGACAAGGACUGAUGAGUCUAGGUUCUGCCAUGUGACUGCAGCUGGUGGUGGAGAAUUUGAGGUGAGGGAUGGCCAUGUCAAGUUCCUUGUCACACUUGGGAAUAUGACCUGUGGGUGUGGGAAAUGGCAAGGAUUAGGGAUCCCAUGCAAGCAUGGUCUCAGGGUCAUUUACAACCAGAGACUUGAACCCAGGGAUUUUGUGUCACCUUUCUACAAGGGGGCUGCAUACAAACUAACUUAUGAAGACCACAUCCACCCCAUGGCUGAUCCAACUCACUAG